GUUUGUUGAUAACCUGCCUGCCAGGAAAAUGUUUUGAUUUAGGAUUGAUUUUGGAAAUAUUUUGUAGAAAAUAACUUUAAAACGUGUUUAGAGUUUAUGUUUGUUUGUUUGUUUAUUUAUUAUUUUGGAAAACAUUUCGAUUUAUAUUUGUAUAAUGCUUUCAGACAUGCAGUCUUUCACAGCAUUCAUGGUGAGUAGUAAUAAUUAACAAUACAUGUUAAUUUUAAAGUCAUAAAUUGCACCCUAUGAAUAAUAAUGCACAAUGCAGAAACUGCGAUAUCUGGAGCUCUUAAAAAUCAACAAUGAAUCUCAAAAAUUGAAUGUGGAAAGUACCAGGUCAUAUAUUGAUGAUUUAUACUCCCAAGAUCCAAGCAAAUGUCUGUCAUCAAUAAUAUGCAUAAAGAACUCUGUUAUAGGUUCCAACCGUCAGAAAGAGAGUGUCAUUGCACAAGGAAUAGUACCCAGAUUGAUAUAUCUAUUGAGAGAUCAGAAAACAAAAGUUACUGUUCGCAUAGAGACAGCAGUUACCCUUGGAUCUCUAGCUAAGGGAACUGAUGAUCAUGUUGAAUUAUUGGUCAAUUCUGGGACUAUUCAAAUUUUGUUGGAUUUAUUAGAAGAAGAUGACCCAAGAUUGAUAGAUGCUUGUUUAUGUUGUCUACGUACUCUAUUGCACCAUUCAUCUGCAGCAGAUGUUAGAUACAACAUAAAACAUUUUCAAAAGCUUUUAACUUUUGCUGGUCCAAGUGAAAGUUUACAGAGACAGUCUUGUGUAGCUAGUAUACUGAAUUCUGUCUGUAGAAGUCCUGCUGAACAAAAUUUAUUAUGUUCUGUUGGUGCUCAUAGUAUUUUGGCACCUCUGCUUGCUACCCAGAAUCAUUCUGUGAGGAUAUCAGUGGUUGAAUGUUUAGCUACCAUGUCAUUCAACAAUACAGGUGUUGCUGGAGAAAUAAUAAACACGUUUUGCAAAGAUACUAAACUACCUAACUAUCUAGAAACAUUGACAUCUAGGGAUCAACCAGUUGACAUGCAACUUGGAGCAGCUAAAUGCCUUACCAAUCUACAUCGAGCUGGGGCUAUUCCAGCUUAUGAUCCUAUAGUGACCUAUAGAACCCUUCCAUGUCUUGUUAGACUCUGCCAAGUUGAACACUCAGAAGUUCAUAGAGCUGCAGCAGCCAAUACCUUAGCUAAUCUAACAGAAGUGGACAGUAAUUUACAGCAAAUAGCUGCUAUUAGUAAUCAACUUGUUAGUGCAUUGGUGAAUCUCUUGAAUUGUCCUAGUGUAGCAGCACGAGGGGCUGCUUUCAGGGCUUUUGCAUCUCUCGGAGCAAAUGACGAAGACAUUAGAAAACGAAUAAUAGACACAAAAUGUUUGAUGGAUCGAGUGGUCAGUGGUUUGGGUGAUGAGAAUAAAGAAAUUAGAUUGGCAGCAGUGAGAUGUCUUCAUUCUCUAAGUAGAUCUGUGCAGCAGUUGCGAACUACUUUUCAGGAUCACUCUGUUUGGCAUCCCUUAAUGGCCUUACUAACAGAUAAUCCAAGUACCGAGCUACUGACAGCCGCUUCCUCAGCCUUGUGCAACUUGCUACUCGAAUUUUCUCCUGCCAAAGAACCGAUGAUUCAACAAGGAGUUGUACAGUUACUAGCUACAAUUACUUCACAGCCAGAUCCUAGUCUCAGGUUGAAUGGUGUUUGGGCAUUGAUGAAUCUUGCUUUCCAAGCUGAGCAAAGACUAAAAUCUCAAAUUCUGACAACUCUAGGAACAGAUCAGAUAUUUAGGCUACUAGCAGAUCCUGACACAAAGGUCUUGAUGAAAACACUUGGUCUCCUUCGCAACCUAGUCUCCCCCCGAACACACACCGAUACCAUGAUGGCACUGCAUGGUCCCCAAGUGAUGCAGGGUGUUGUUCUAGUCCUAGAAGGCCCCCACUCACCCGAGGUGAAAGAGCAGGCGUUAUGCAUCCUCGGAAACAUCGCUGACGGCGAGCGCGCUCGCGACCAUAUCAUGUCGAACGAGGACGUGCUCAAAAAGCUGAUCGACUACAUGACCCAUCCGGCGCCCUGUCUGCAGGAGUCCGCGGUGUUCUGCAUCAACAAUUUGGCGAGGCGCGGGGAGCCCGGCGCCGUCGAACGCCAGACCAGGCUCAAGGACCUCGGAGUGGUGAACAUACUGCACCAGCUACUCAGCACGACCGACACCAUUCUGUUCAAUCGGGUGAAAGCAGCUUUGACCCAAUUCGCUGAUUGUUGUAGCUCUUGAAAUUCCCCUUUUAUGAUUCAUUGUGAUGUAUUGUAGACUGAAGAUUUAUUGAAACGAUACCCUUACUAGAGAUUUAUGUUACUAAUGAGAGUCCCACAUUUCCAAAAUGUACCUUGUUUGAAAUUAUUUUUGUGCUGUGUUUCAUUGCACACUAAUUAUAAAUGUUAUUCU